AGAAUGUCCGAAAUUUGGUAUUUGCUGGAUAAAAAUUUGACGGAUGCUUUUGUUGAGCGGCUUGAGCAACCCAGUCCCAAACCAAAUGGAAGUCGAUUUCGAUAUGUUUGGUGAGGCAGCGCUUGCUUACGAUCUUGCCGCACCAAAGUAUAGGGGCAGAGGUAACUGGGAAGCAGAGCUCGCUGACGAGAGAUGAUAGAGCUGAUGGGUGGGGCCUGUUGUUCACGGCAAAGUACAGCUGUUUCACCAAGCCAGGACUUUGAGCCAAGGCAGCUUUUUGCCCCUGCACCUCCAAUAUAUGUUGCUAGUGGGGCCUCCGAGCCAAGGAGGUUAUAUGUGGAGCAUUCAAACAUAGCUGUCCGUCAUAACAACCUGGAAGAGGUUCUUGAAGCAUUGGCACAUGCUGGCCUGGAGUCUUCCAAUCUUAUUGUUGGUAUUGACUUCACAAAGAGCAAUGAGUGGACAGGCACUGAGUCAUUCAACCGGAGAAGUUUGCAUCAUAUUGGAGAUGAACAAAAUCCCUAUGAACAGACGAUGUCUAUUAUUGGAAAAGCAUUGGCUUUCUUUAAUGAGAACAACUCGAUUCCUUGUUUUGGAUUUGGGGAUGCAACAACAUGUUACCAAGAAGUUUUCAGUUUCAAUCCAGAUGAGAAUUUAUGUAAUGGAUAUGAAGAAGUAUUGGGACGAUAUAGAGAAUUGGUACCUUAUGUACAGCUUGCAGGGCCAACAUCAUUUGCCCCUGUCAUUGAAAUGGCCAUCACAGUCAUUGAGAAAAGUGGUGGCCAGUAUCAUGUGUUACUGAUAAUAGCAGAUGGAAAGGCAGACACACUACACGAGGGGAAAACUUUUGAUGCAAUAGUAAAAGCAAGUGAGUAUCCUUUGUCAAUUAUUCUAGUUGGGGUCGGAGAUGGGCCAUGGGAUAGCAUGAGAGAAUUUAUUGAUAGCAUCCCUGAUCGCGUCUUUGAUAAUUUCCAGUUUGUGAAUUUUACAGAGAUAAUGUCAAAGAAUAUGGACCAACCCCAAAAAGAAGCAGAAUUUUCUCGUGCAGGCUUGAUUAAACUACCAUCUCAGUAUAAACAAAUCAAAGAGCUUAAUUUAUUGGGUGUUAGUAGAGGGAUGGCUAUUCACAGGGUUCCUCUUCCCCCACCUACGUAUACUACAGCUUCUUUCGGCACCCAAGAAUAUUCGCUUUGGUGCAACUUGAUUCUGAGUGCACCCACUUCCAAUGUAGAUCAUACGGUUUGUUACAUUUGCCAUGACAAUCCAGUGGACAUGGUCUUUGGUUGUGGACAUCAGACAUGCCGUUACUGUGGAGUCGGUCUUAAGUUAUGCCCCUUUUGCCGGCGUGCUAUCGAGACCAGAUUCGUGCUCUCUUAACAUCUUUUGUUCAGGAGAACUUUCUGGUCACCUUAAAAAUUCAACUCUAUUAAAUUUGCCUGUACUUUUGGUUACGAGUUGGAUGCUGGAUUUAGCUCUGAACACUGCAUCAGAUCUUUUUCUUAGUACACUUCUGUUUUGUUAAUUUCUGGUGUGUUUUCUAUAAUAAUGACAGGGAUAAUGCUGGUAACUACUAC